UUGAGUCUGGGCGGAAAGAGGAAGCUGGUUAAAUGGGCUGCUAGGGUGACUACAAUGUAGCAACACUGUAACAACGGAGGAAUCGGUUUUGAAACAUAAUUAACAAAGCGGAAGACAUUUUAUAAAGACAAACGAACUUGUAGUUAUUUUUGACUGCAUUUACGUGGUGAACUUUCAAAACUUGAGUGUGUCACCUUUGUUACCAUGUAUGAGGAUGAAUGAGACCGUGCUCUUUGUCGAGGAAGAAGAGGCGGACAAGACCAAUCAGCAGGUUGAAGAGGACAAUGUCUCCAGGAAGAUGGUUACUGUCGACUGGGACCAAUGGGACAAGCUACUGCUGCCCUCUACACUGGACUCUGGUGUGCACAGUCUGGACACAGUGUAUGACAGAACCACUGUGAUGAUUGAACAAGACCCAGUGGGUUCUAGAACUGACAAUAAAGAGGAGGAAGAGGACCUGAUGAUGUACCUACAUGAGGGAUGUGAGGCGGAGGGCCGUGGAGGUCUGGAAGACCACUGGCAGGCCAUGUCACAGGGGUACAUCCACCACACCAUCUCCCAGGACCAGAUCCAGUUCACCAUCAACCCUGGUUCCACACCCAUGCCACGGCACAUCCAGGGGGCCACCAUCACACUGCACUCUGAGUGCCCAGAUACCCACCACAGCGAGGUGAAGCGUUACCAGUGUCUAUACGAGGACUGUACUCGUACCUACAGCACAGCAGGGAACCUGCGGACCCACCAGAAGAGACACAGAGGAGAGUACACGUUUGUCUGCAACCAGUUGGGCUGUGACAAGGCCUUCCUCACCUCCUACAGUCUGAAGAUCCACAUCCGCGUUCACACCAAGGAGAAGCCCUUCGAGUGUGACCAACAGGGCUGUGAGAAGGCCUACAACACACUGUACAGGCUGAAAGCCCACCAGAGACUGCACACAGGGAACACGUUUAACUGCGAGUCGGACGGAUGCACCAAGUACUUCACCACUCUGAGUGACCUGAGGAAACACAUCCGGACACACUCCAAGGAGAGGCCCUUCAGGUGUGACCAUCCUGGCUGUUACAAGGCGUUCACCUCUAGUGACCAUCUCCAAACACACAUCCUGGGACAAAUAGGUGAGCCACCCCUCCUUCAGGUGGACACAGAUGGUGAUAACUCCCUAAGCUCCUCCAACAGUCCGAGGGACAACAUCAAAGGUCACGACCCUGGACCGUCAGCUGACAUAAUUCACAGCCACUCCCUCUCAGACGAUUUGAAUCCUCGUUCCCCAUGUCUCAGUGAUAUGAGCCUGAUUUCCACUGCUUCUCAGCUCAGAGAAAGUAAUUCUGAUGCCCUGGACCUGGUGUUUGAGUUGCUGUUUCAAGACAAGACCCAGACACAGGAUGUGUCAUCGGUGGCAGUGCCCUCGUAUAGUUUGGAGAACCCAUCUCUAACCGUGGUGCUUUCAGAAGCAUCUCACCCUUUCAUUUCUACCUGUCCUGAACCCUCUGACUCUACCCCGAGUGAACCCCGCCCUGUACCCCUCACCUCUGGGUGUAUCCCGAGUGACCCCCGUCCUGUACCCCAGCCCACCGCUCUCCUCACCCCUGGGUGCACCCCUGGUGAACCCUGUCCAGUUCCUGUUUCUCCCAUGAUCAGUGAUACACCUAAACAUGAGGUGAUUCCAGAACAGCCAUCCAAUCAGAGCCUACUACAACAGCUAGCCUCAUCCCUCCAUUCCCAACCAGGCUCCACCCAGAGCGUACUAUCACAGCCAACCUCCACCCUCCAUUCCCAACCAGGCUACACCCAGAGCGUACUAUCACAGCCAACCACCACCCUUCAUUCCCAACCAGGCUCCACCCAGAGCCUACUAUCACAGCCAACCACCACCCUCCAUUCCCAACCAGGCUCCACCCAGAGCAUACUACUACACCCAGCUGCCAUGUCCUCCAUCUAUUCUCAACCAGGCCCAUACCCUCCACCCUCCAGCUCCUCCCUCCAGGCCCCACUAACACCCCUCUCCCUGGAGUACUCUACUCCUCCUACGGUCCCUGACCACAGUACCAUCCAGCCCAUCACCUUGUCCACUCAGAACCUCCAGUGGCUUUUGAACAGUAUCAAUGACCCGAGGCAGCAGGACAUGCAGACACAGCUAUCCCAACAACACAGUGGCUCGACACUAGAGAAGCUCUAUUUCACCACAGAAAUACCAAUGGGAGGGAACACAGGGACAGCUCUGCAGCAGAUAGGCCUGAGUCUGCCUGUCAUCGUAAUUAGACAGGGAGAGUCAUGCCAGUGUCGGUGCCCCUGCAGAGACGGCAGCGCAGCAUCAGACACAGAGAAACAGACUGGUGCCCAGUUCCUUCAGUCCCAGGACCUAUCAACCCAGGAUCCACCCCCCCAGCCCCAGGACCCACCACCCCAGCCCCCUCAGCCCCAGGACCCACCACCCCAGCCCCCUCAGCCCCAGGACCCACCCCCCCAGCCCCAGGACCCACCACCCCAGCCCCCUCAGCCCCAACCUACUCCACCAUAGCAUCCUCAACCUCCACCUGUACAUCCCCCAUGAAAAUUCAAGUCAACAUUUGUAUUACUGGAGAAACUGUUCCUGUUCCUUAUCCAACUGAGGUGUGUCUCUAUGCUCUGUGCUGUGUACUUAACUCUUUCUGUUGUUAAUACCUAGUUCAACAUCAGGUCUCCCUACCCUGUCCCCAUAACCUCAAUCAAUAGUAACCCAACCAACUCCGGACUGGUUGCUGAGGGUAGAAAGCAAUCAUGUGCUACAUUUCAUUGUGGAUCAGGUCAAUUCUGGUAGCAGACUAGUGGUCUAUUAUGAAUUGGGUUUGAACAGUGGCUGGCCGCUGAAGGUAGUGUGGAAAAUGGUUGACUAGAGCACAAAUCCUCUGCAGCAACAUUCCUCUUUACAUCCAGUCCCACUGGAAACAUGAAAGGUGACAUUUAUUUUUGAUGGCGCAGAAAGAUAGAGCCCUGUUAAAACAGACUAUCACUCCUCAAGCAGUACUUAACAUUGCAUUUUUUGCGAAAUGUGUGUGGAAUGCAAAUUGUUGUGGCAUCGCGUGCGUCAUGUAUCCGUACCGUUUCAUUUUGAACCUGCAAAUGAUCUCUGUAUUCAAGGAUGUCGAAUAAUGGGAGAUGUAAGUAACAAAUGCUGCUCUAACAAUGCAGUGCAGUACAUUUAGACACUAGCAAACUAACCUGGCAAUGCACAAAUAUUAUUUUUUUCUUCAACGUUUUCUUCAAUGUUCACAAUAUGUGUUUUUAACAUGUCAUUUUUGAUGUAAUGUCAUCAUCUGUAACUGUUUUACUUACUGACAUGAUGACCAGAUGGACAGGUUAGCUGAGGUGUCUGCAUCAGGCUCCCUGUGGAGGAGCUCUGAAGAGUAACUGUUUUACUUACUGACAUGAUGAGCAGAUGGACAGGUUAGCUGAGGUGUCUGCAUCAGGCUCCCUGUGGAGGAGCUCUGAAGAGUAACUGUUUUACUUACUGACAUGAUGACCAGAUGGACAGGUUAGCUGAGGUGUCUGCAUCAGGCUCCCUGUGGAGGAGCUCUGAAGAGUAACUGGUUUACAUACUGACAUGAUGACCAGAUGGACAGGUUAGCUGAGGUGUCUGCAUCAGGCUCCCUGUGGAGGAGCUCUGAAGAGUAACUGUUUUACUUACUGACAUGAUGACCAGAUGGACAGGUUAGCUGAGGUGUCUGCAUCAGGCUCCCUGUGGAGGAGCUCUGAAGAGUAACUGUUUUACUUACUGACAUGAUGACCAGAUGGACAGGUUAGCGGAGGUGUCUGCAUCAGGCUCCCUGUGGAGGAGCUCUGAAGAGUAACUGGUUUACUUACUGACAUGAUGACCAGAUGGACAGGUUAGCUGAGGUGUCUGCAUCAGGCUCCCUGUGGAGGAGCUCUGAAGAGUAACUGUUUUACUUACUGACAUGAUGACCAGAUGGACAGGUUAGCUGAGGUGUCUGCAUCAGGCUCCCUGUGGAGGAGCUCUGAAGAGUAACUGUUUUACUUACUGACAUGAUGACCAGAUGGACAGGUUAGCUGAGGUGUCUGCAUCAGGCUCCCUGUGGAGGAGCUCUGAAGAGUAACUGUUUUACUUACUGACAUGAUGACCAGAUGGACAGGUUAGCUGAGGUGUCUGCAUCAGGCUCCCUGUGGAGGAGCUCUGAAGAGUAACUGUUUUACUUACUGACAUGAUGACCAGAUGGACAGGUUAGCUGAGGUGUCUGCAUCAGGCUCCCUGUGGAGGAGCUCUGAAGAGUAACUGUUUUACUUACUGACAUGAUGACCAGAUGGACAGGUUAGCUGAGGUGUCUGCAUCAGGCUCCCUGUGGAGGAGCUCUGAAGAGUAACUGUUUUACUUACUGACAUGAUGAGCAGAUGGACAGGUUAGCUGAGGUGUCUGCAUCAGGCUCCCUGUGGAGGAGCUCUGAAGAGUAACUUUUUUAAUGUACAUAAAUCCACUUGAUUGUG